AUGGUACACAAAAAAAUAGCACAAAUAUUAGAGGGUUUCCAACAAACUUCCAAAUCCACUUACCAUCAUUCUUGUUGAUUUUAUUCUCUGCACAUCUCAAUUAUUCUUCUUGUUGCUUCGUUUUUCGAGUUUCAUUUUCCCACAAAAUUUGCUCUUAAAAUUUGCCAGUAAGAAUUUGCUUCUUGGGACUUUUUAUUAUUUAUGUCAACUUUGUUUCUUGAUUUUUACCAUAUUAAUUACUCUUUUUGAAUCCCUUCUUGGUUCAUUUGUUUUGUUUUUUAAUAGUAGUUUUUUUGCUCAAGUAGAAUUUGGUUCUUGGACUUUUAAUUGUUUAUGUGCUAUUUACUUUGGUUCUUGAUUUGACAAUAUUACUGUUUUUGACUUGUUAUGGUUUCUGUAUCUUAUCUGUUUCUGAUUUUGAGGUAUGUUAUCUGGUUUUUGUCUCGAAAGGGUAAGAGGGGUUAAAGGUUUUAGCUCUAUUCAUCUGGAUUUGGUGCUGGAUUUAAGUUUAACAGUUGAGUAGAAAGUUAAAGAUUGUAGCUGUAUGAGGUGAUUUUUAUGUUUUUCUUUUAUUGAAGGGAAGAAAGAGGUUGUGGGAAUACACUGGGUUUUUUUUUGUUGUUGGAAGAAAGGGGUUAAAGAUAUCGGAAACAGCCUCUCUACUUCUUCGGAGGUAGCGGUAUGGUCUGCGUACAUCUUACCCUCCCCAGACCCCACUUUGUGGGAAUACAUUGGGUUUGUUGUUGUUGUUGGAAGAAAGGGGUUAAAGAUUGUAGCUUUAUGAGGUAAGUUUUAUGUUUUUCGUAUUGAAGGGGGAAAAGGGGUUAAAGAUUGUAGCUUUGUUCAUCUAUAUUUGGUGCUGGAUUUGAGUUAAAUAGUUGUGGAGAAAGUUGAAAGAUUGUAGCUUUAUUCACUUCUCAGAGGUGCUGGAUAGUUAACACUCUAUGGGUUCUGUUAAUUUCUAGGAUCAGAGUUGUGUGAUUUGUUACUUUAAGCUGGGAAAGUGAAAGAUUUAAGUGAUUCUUUUUGGUGUGUUUUGGGGUUCUCCCCCUCCUUUUUAGCUAUUCCCAGUUUAGCCGGAGUAAGGCUGAAUUUCCCUUUAAAAUUGGGAGAAUUCCUUGAGUUAACUAGUUGAUUAAAUUCUGGAUUUGUUCAUGUUGAUGAGCUUAUGCUAUCCAAGGGUGGCCUUGGAGCAACGGUAAAGUUGUCUCCGUGUGACCUAUAGGUCAUGUGUUCGAGCCGUGGAAUCAACCACUACUACUGAUGCUUGUGUCAGGGUAGCCUGCCGACAUCACACCUGUUAGGAUGCUUUGUGCACUAGUUGACUAGAUUCUGAAUUUGUGCUUGUUGAUGAGCUUAUGCUCUUCUGAAUUUGUGCUUGUUGAUGAGCUUGUGCUCUUGAAGGGUAACUUGGAGCGAUGAUGAAGUUGUCUCCGUGUGACUGAUAGGUUGUGUGUUCGAGCCGUGGAAUAAGCCACGGAUGCUUGUGUCAUGGUAGAUUGCCUAUGUCAUACUCCUUAGGGUUUAGUCCUUCCAUGGACUUUGGGUUCUAUUUGUGAUCAGUUUCAUGGAUUCUCCACAGUCUGUUGUGUCACCAUUUAAGGGUUCCUCCGUUUUCGUCGACUCUGAGAAGCAGGGCAAUGAAUUUUUCAGCAAGAACCCUUCUGGCCUAUCCCAUGGAAUUACUGCUCAUAGAGAGGAGGCCAACAUGGAGGACUUCAUUGGUGUUCUUGACGUGUACGUACAUCAGGCUAGAGAUAUCCACAACAUCUGCAUUUACCAUAAACAAGAUGUUUAUGCAAAACUUUGCCUUACGAGUGAUCCUGAAAGUGCAGUCUCCACUCAGACCAUUAAUGGCGGUGGGAAAAGUCCAGUCUUCAAUGAAAAUGUAAGGCUCAGUGUUCGUACGAUAAAAUGUUCUGUUAAAUGUGAGAUAUGGAUGAUGAGCAGGGUGAAGAAUUAUUUGGAAGAUCAGUUACUGGGCUUUGCACUAGUCCCCCUAUCUGAAAUCCUUGCGACAAAUGGAAAGCUAGAAAAAGAGUUCUCUCUAUCGUCGACUGAUCUCUUUCACUCCCCAGCAGGAUUUGUGCAGUUGUCCCUUUCUUACAAUGGAACUUCACCUGAAGUGAUUGAAAUUCCUGCAUUUCCUAUUUCUGCAGAAACUGAUGCAUCUCGGCCAGACAUCGAAGCACAUAAGUCCCUUCCAAACGAGUUUGACAAAAUUGAGUUCCCAGAUCCUAAGAUUGUUAAUGAAAACAAUCUUAUGGUCUCCGAGUACUUCAGUAUACCAGGCACUAAUCUAGACUGUCAAAGCUCGGAUAGCUUGGUCUCUUCUGAUACAGAAAACCAGCUCAGCCCAGAAGUCGAUGUCCAUAUGGAAAAUGUUCCAAGUGAAGUUGCUAAUUUCCGCCAAUAUCCAAAGCGUGAUUCGCCUCCCAGCAGCAUAUCAACCAUCGAUUCUCCAUCAGCUUUGCAUCCCGCAAGCUCUCAGUCCUCCGAGACCCAAGGAGCUUCCAAGUCUCCAGGGGAAGAAUAUGCAUCAGCUUCUAAAGAAUGUCCCACAGGUAAAAAUAAUUUUGGAAAUUCCGAAAGCAACAUAUCAGAAAGCAAGACUGGCAAUGCAUUUCCAAAACCAUUAGUCAUUGAGCCCGAGCAAAAGGUUGUGCAACAGGAUAUUGUGGAUAUGUACAUGAAAAGUAUGCAGCAAUUUACCGAGUCUCUGGCAAAGAUGAAGCUUCCACUCGACAUUGAAAAAGGGACAACCAGUUCUGGUAACUCAAGUUCAGAUCAGACAUCGCAAACACCCAAGAGCACUGGCUCGCGGGUGUUCUAUGGCAGCAGAGCUUUUUUCUGAGCGUUUGUGAAUGGUUCUCGGGUGACCUAUAGCGCGAUUAGGAUUUAGUCUUGUGAAUGCUUACAAUGCUCUGAACUAAUCAACUUUUGUCUGUUGGAGACUUGUUUUACUUCAGUACCUUGUAGUUAAUAGAACUUUGUGCUGAAUUUAUGCUCAGCAUUUCCUUUGGAAUAAUUCGAAUUUGUGCUGUGCAAUCUCA